AAUUACCCCGUAUUAAUUAGUUUGUUCUCUUCCAACUCGUCAAAUUCAAGAUCCAUCGUCUGCAACAAAUGUUCUAAAGCUCACAUUUCUGUCACCCAUCUUUAGAAUUUUUUUUUUGUUUUCUCUCUCUCUAUUAUCUUCUUCGGUCUAAAUUCUGAUACUGAAGAACCCUAUGGAUGCUAUUCAAUCGAGUCUUUUGAAUUCGCAACCCCAAUCCGUACUUCCCUCGGACAACCAAGAUCACAACUCAUCCAAAACCCUAGUUUCGCAUUAUCAAAACCCUCCACUAGCCCCAGAUUCUUGUAAUAUUCAGAAUCACUCAGAAACUCUAGUUACACAUGAUCAGUAUCCGGAACAAACCCUAGUUUCUUAUGGGCAGAGUGAAUCAGAAACCCUAGGUUCGUAUGAACAACAUCAGUCGGAGAAAACCCUAGAUUCGGGUGGUCAGAAUCCUCAAGAAACCUUGGAUUCAAAUCAUCAGAAUCAAGAUCCGAUGUCAAAAACCAGAGGUUUGGAGGAGAAUUCUGCUCAAAUAACGGCUUCUAACGAUAACGGACAUUUGGUGACCGUAGAGAAGUCAUCGGAUGGAACUCAGAUCAAGAUUCUGAAGCCGUUGUUGUCGGAAAAUGGUUUAACCAACACACACAGUGGCACCGACAAGGACUACUCGGGUGGAGAGGAGGAAACCACCAGUAGGCGUAGGCGUCGAAGUCGUUGGGACCCUCCUCCGACUGAAUCAAAUGACGGUGCUGGCAGCGACGGUGGUGGGAUGGGCCCGAGGAAGAGGAAGUCGAGAUGGGCGGAUGAGCCAAAACCGGUCAUUCAGCUGCCUGAUUUCAUGAAAGAUUUCACUGGAGGUAUUGAAUUUGACCCAGAAAUCCAAGCACUUAAUAGUAGGCUUCUUGAGAUUAGUAGAAAGUUACAAUCUGGUCUGCCCUUAGAUGACCGACCUGAAGGUGCUCGCUCACCUUCGCCUGAACCAAUAUAUGAUAACAUGGGAAUUCGCAUAAACACUAGAGAAUAUAGAGCCCGUGAAAGGUUGACUAGAGAGAGGCAAGAAAUUAUAUCACAGAUUAUUAAGAAAAACCCUGCAUUUAAGCCCCCUGCUGAUUACCGGCCUCCAAAGCUUCAGAAAAAGCUUUAUAUACCCAUGAAAGAAUACCCAGGUUAUAAUUUUAUUGGACUUAUAAUUGGGCCAAGGGGGAACACACAGAAGAGAAUGGAAAGAGAGACUGGAGCGAAAAUUGUGAUUCGGGGUAAAGGGUCGGUGAAAGAAGGUAGAUUACAACAAAAAAGGGACUUGAAACCUGAUCCUUCAGAAAAUGAGGAUUUACAUGUUUUAGUAGAAGCUGAGACACAAGAAGCUCUCGAAGCUGCAGCAGGUAUGGUGGAGAAGCUUUUACAGCCUGUAGAUGAAGUUCUUAAUGAGCAUAAGAGGCAGCAACUUAGGGAACUUGCCGCUUUGAAUGGAACUAUAAGAGAUGAGGAGUACUGUAGAUUAUGUGGUGAGCCUGGUCACCGACAAUUUGCUUGUCCUUCUCGUUUUUCGACUUUCAAAAGUGAUGUUCUUUGUAAAAUAUGUGGUGAUGGUGGGCACCCUACUAUUGAUUGUCCAGUGAAGGGAACAACAGGCAAGAAAAUGGAUGAUGAAUAUCAGAACUUCUUGGCAGAGUUGGGAGGGACUGUCCCUGAUUCGUUGACCAAGCAAAACUCGGGAACACUGGCUCUUGGUUCUGGCAGUUCAGGAAGCAAUCCUCCUUGGGCCAAUGGUAACAGUGCUGGAAGUGCUGGGAGCACCUCACACCCAGGCUUAGGGUCAAAUGGAGUUAAGCCCACAAAAGAAUAUGAUGAUACAAAUCUGUACAUUGGGUACUUGCCACCUACUCUUGAUGAUGAUGGUUUGAUCCAAUUGUUUUCUGAUUUUGGUGAUAUUGUGAUGGCAAAGGUUAUCAAGGACCGGCUUACUGGAUUGAGCAAAGGUUAUGGUUUUGUGAAGUAUUCUAAUGUUCAGCAGGCCAAUAACGCUAUUGGUAAAAUGAAUGGUUACCGUCUAGAUGGGAGAUCAAUUGCUGUGAGAGUUGCUGGUAAGCCUCCCACUGUGCCUCCAGGUCCUCCUGCUCCAACAAUGCCUACCUAUCCUGGUCCUAAUCAGGCUGCUGCUUCCUAUCCAUCCCAGCAGUAUGCUGCAGGUGGACCCCUUGGGAAUAUGCCUCCUGGGAGUACUGGUGUUGCUCCAGUUCCUUGGGGACCACCUGUACCUCAUCUUUAUGCUCCUUACACACAUAUCCCUCCUGGACCAACUAUGUACACUCCUGUUCCUGGUCAACCUAUGGGUUAUGGAAUACAAUAUCCUGGGCCAGUCCAGACAAUAUCCUCUGGUGCCCCAUCACAGACUGUAUCUUCUGGUGAAGCUCAACAGAGUUACCCACCUGGAGUGCAAUCUCAAAGUAACACAUCUGUACAACUUCAAUCCAUUCCUACCAAUAUCUAUGGGACCUCUGUACCUGCAGUUCCGACAAUACCUGCAUAUCCAACAUCUUCAUUCGGUUACCCAGCUUACUAUGGUGUAGCUCCUCCUCCUCCUCCUCCUACUAUGACUCAGUCAAAUGUGGAUAAUUCACAGAGCAUUGGAAAUGUGCCGUGGGGAUCAAAUCCUUCAGUUCCACCACCUGUUCCAUCUGCCGAGAAGACAAUAUCUGGUACGGAUGCUGAGUAUGAGAAGUUCAUGGCGGAAAUGAAAUGAUGUGAUUCUGUCAAUAGUAGCUUUGGGUCAAAAGAUAGUUCCGUCCACCUGUAUCGGCUGGAAAUAUGCUAAAUACGCAUUAAAUCAUGUGGCCUGAUUGGGUCAUUUUUUAGCUACUUGUUCAUAGUUAGGUUGUACGCUUGUGCAAAAUACAUGUAGGCUCAAUGUUUAUAUGUUUUUAUGGAAGUUUAGAGAAAAACAAUACAAGACAUCCCUUUUUGAGGGGUUAAAUGUGUCUACAAGGAUCAUUUUAGUUUUACCCCAAGUCAUGUGAAGGCAUAAGGCAUUUCCAUUAGCAAUUGAACCUUUGCUUUUUCCUGCAUAUCCUUUAACCUCUAUUUUCCCAGGAAUUUCAUUUUGUGGACGUUACUUAGCGAGUCAUGUCAAAUGACUCAAAUAUAUUUGGCCAUACAUGGGUGGAAUAUUUUGGUAGUUGCUAACAUGAAAUCGUAGUUAUUAUGAUAAUAUAUAUAUAUAUAUAUAUAUAUAUAUAUAUAUAUAUAUAUAUAUAUAUAUCAGUUAUAGGAAGUACCGAAAAACAUAUGCCAAGGAAAUGGUCUUCUGAAAUUAAUGGUAACAUCUUUUGAUAAACAUCCAAAAACCUUUUAUGGAUCAAUAAAUUUCUAAGUUCAUUGAGGGUAAUGUAAAAUUCCAUCAUUUAUGUUAGUUAAGAUUCUCAUAUGUUAUGUCUAAAAUUAGUAUUUCAUGGAUUAACUCCUUUUUAAGUCUAACUACAAAACUGAAAACCUGGGCAAAAAAUUUGUGCUGAUCUCAUAAUUGUUGUUAAGGUUUCUAGGAUGUAUUCAAUCAGCUGAUUAGCCGUUUAAUCCUUUUGCGGUUGAUAUGGUUUACCCAACAUGUUCUAUAUGGUACAAAUGCCAAAGAGAGAAGUUGACUGAAUUAUGAGCUGACUUUUCUAACCUUUUUUUAUGAGAUAGUUAUUAAUAUACUUUUUUUUUUAAGAUGGUGAAUUUUAUUACUUGCUUUGUUUUUUGGUUUACUCCUACUUUUUUUUUUUGGCCCUAUAUCGGUACAUAAAUCAAGUUUUUUUAGUUUCUGUGCCUGGAGCUGAUAGGAGGGGGAAUUGCUGGAUUUUACAAGAUUUGUUUAUAACUGUUGCAAAAAACUUGAACAUUGUGUAUGCCAUUUACUAUGGUCUGCUGGACCAUCACAGUGGUUCAUUCAACUCUUUUGCCACAAAUUGUCCAAAAAUAGUCUUAUUUAAGGGAUCUAAUAUUAGAGACAGGGAAAACUUCGUCUUGUUAUUGUGUUGAAAGCCAUAAGAUUGAACUUCAGACAUCUUUUUACUUGGGAUGCAUUUUAGCUUUCUCGUCCUACCAUCUCUUUGGGAAUUUUCCCCCGAAAAAUCCUACGAAGUACACGGUGCAUAUUAUAGUUCAAAAUUUUUUUAAGCUUUGAUUAUAAUUGAGAUUAUGAAGAUCAUCUUUUACAGACCAUAUAGAAAUCCAGUUCAACCAGAUGUUGAGACUGUUUUGUGUGUCACUAACAGCAUCCUUAUAGGUUAUAUUAUUAUAGCAUUCACAGAGAAACAACAUCCCUUCUAGCUAUGUAUGUAGUUUUAACCACAUUUUAAUAGUGAAAACAUUAUUUCUUUCUGCUGGUACUUAUUUUCUCUCCCAAAUAUGUUUUUUGUUCAACAGAUUAUCUUUUUAUCUUCAUAUGAACUAUUUUGCAAGCUGUAUUGUGCAGUUAUGGAUGUCUUCCUGCUUGGGCAUUCCUAUCCAUGUUAAGAGUGCGCAUUUACUCCUGUUUCUUGGAGUAGUCUUCCUGUCUUCUUCAAUAUAUUUUAUGAAAAACCAUUUUUUUUUUAAUUAAAAAAAUAUAACAUUGUUCACUUUUCACUGCAUAACUUUUCGUUAUUCUUGUUAUCACAUUUCUUAACACUUCUUCUUUGUUAUUAUUGUAAUAUUU